GAGCCGUACGAUUCCGAUUAUUUGUGGGUUGUUGUGGUCGGUUUCAUUGUCGCUUUCAUCUUAGCUUUUGGUAUUGGAGCAAAUGAUGUAGCAAAUUCGUUUGGGACCUCUGUUGGAGCCAAAGUAUUAACUCUACGACAGGCUUGUGUGAUAGCCACCAUUUUUGAGCUUGCUGGAGCUAUUCUUAUUGGGGCAAGAGUUUCAGGUAUGCGAUAAGUAUAUUCUGUGCUCAAGCUUUAUAUAAGCCUAUUGUUAUGCAAUUAAUACUGAACCUUCUAUAUAGCAAAAAACCACAGUAGUUCAGCGCUUUGCCCCAACAGAAUAAAUUCAUAUUAUAUUUCAUAUUUGGCUGCGAUUAAAGGGUGGUAUUUUCGUUGGAAUAGCGCGGAUUAAUAUCUUUUUCACUGGCCGCAUUCCACGUGCGGAUCGCUGGUUUUUAUAUACGGUUCAAUCGCGAAUGUGAACUAUGACCUUGAAAAUUAGAACUUUUUUCAUCAAAACUGUUCAGCCUAUUAUAUGCGAUAAGCGCCAAUUUUUGACAAUUAUCGAGAACCUGAAUAAACAUUGCUGUCAUGGAAUGUGCAUAAAAGGCGGAUAACUGAUGCUCGCUUUACGGUUGGAUUCCUUCGCAAUUUUUUUGGUCUGUUUCAGCCUUUUAAAGAGAAAAAUACCUCCAGGAGUCCAGGUCAUUGCUUGUUAAAGUUUGUUAAUUGAUUAAUAUUGAUUUUCUUGCAAAGAACAUUUUUUAGUGUACCAAUGUAAAAAUAAUUGUUCAUAUUUUGUACAAGAAGUUUAUCAUAAAAAACCCUUUUUGUUUUUACUCCAAUUUGAACCUGAUUGUUUUGUGUCAAAGGAUUAAUAUAAUAGUGAACAUGCAUAAAUUUAUAACUCAAUGAAGCAUGUUCAGUAAUUGUUGUGGUUGUUUGAACUAUAUCUUCUGAUAUCCUCAAAUUUUUCAAAUUUGAUUUUACAGAUACAGUUCGAAAGGGCAUCAUAGACAUUAAUUCCUUUAAUGGUACGGAACAGCUUGCUAUGAUUGGUUCUCUCAGUGCUUUAAGUGGGACAGGAAUUUGGCUGAUAGUUGCCACGUUCUUUAAUCUUCCUGUUUCUGGGACACAUAGUGUUGUGGGAGCAACGAUGGGUUAUGCAUUAGUGGCACAUGGAAUAAAAGGGAUUCAGUGGAAAACUUUUGGAAUGAUCGGUGAGAUUAUUUUUAAUAGCUAGGGUAUGUAUAUGAACAUGACCACCUAAAUUCAAUACACCUUUAUAAAUUAUUUGUUGGCCAUCAAUGCAGAGCUGAGAUGUCUGCAUUGCAUAGAAAAUAUUAUAAGCUGGUGUCCUCAUAAAUUAAAGCUUAAAUUUUAUACUUAUAAUAUAACUCUGUCAAAAAUGAGGUCAGUUGAAAACAUCGAACAGCACAGUUAAAUAUGAGAACUUGCAAAAAAGCAAAAAUACAAAAAUGGUAAUGUACUCAAUAAAGUUUGAUACGGGGAUGUUCUGCCCAAAGGUUCAACCCCUUAGCCUUUCAUAUAUUACCGUUUUGGACAGAAAAGGUGCCUCUUUUGUAUAACAUUUAUUGACAAGUGGUUCCCCUUUCACAAACUAGUUAAGAACACGGCAUACCUUUUAAAUGCUCUAAAUGAACAGUCUUUUAACUAUGAAUAAAUCACACUAACAAAGGAAGUUUUCUGGUCUUUUUCACAGCCAUAAAUUGUACCUGUCAGCCCUUUUAGGUACUUGCACAGACCACACUGACAGAUUUCCCUUCCCCUUCUUAUACUUCACCUUGUGAAAUCCCUCCCUUUUCAUAUACUUAAAGCCUGAAAAAGGUACCCCUUUGGGCGGAGCCUCCCCAUCUAGGCCAUUAUUAUCCCCCCUGGCUCCCUGGGUUUCUUAUUGUUUGAAGGAAUACAGGAAAGGGCUAUUACACAUAAAAAUGUUGGAAACUGGGAAACUGCUUACCUACCCCUCCCCUAAGCCACCAUUUUGCCUUAAGUGAGAAGUAAGUGUUUAUGUUGGCUUAGGGGAGGGGUAGGUGGGGCAGUUUCCCAGAAACGUGUAAUGAUCCAAAGUGUCAAUUUUACUUGUUCACAUUACGUAACGGUCUAAAUGAUGCACAGACAACAAGAAAAUAUGUGUGCAUGUAAUGUUACAGCUUCAUUUCUUUUUUGUUAUAGCUGCAUCAUGGGUUAUCUCUCCU